UGUUUCUGCAAAUGCGCGCCAGAAAAAGUACACAUGAAACACCGCGACCGGCUGUGAUGUACCAGACACUCCUAGCCCCCACCAGCACCCUACGUAUUUUUUUUUUUGCGACAUCCCUCUAUAACUUGCAUUAUUCAGAUUCACUGUUUCUCCUGUGUCUUUCUUUGCUCAUGUAACCCAGCAUUUUUGUGAACUAGCAACGUCAUUUUUGUGAGCUAGUGAGAGCAAAGGAGGCAGCUUUCCAACAGAAUAAUAAUUAGGCAUUACAGUUUUAUGCAUCAUGUCCCACAUCAGGUGCUCAAUUUCUGUCACAGGUGAAGAGAAGCAGCUUGAUGGAAUCUGCUUCAGGUGCGUAUGCAGGAGUAUCAGCCUCUACAAGUGAUGCAAGUGGGAGUUCAGUUCUGCAGCACAUGACAGCCACAUCAUCAGAGGAUGUUCUCGUCCUGGAUGAGCUGCCCCUUCAGCCUUUGGUUCCAUACCAGACUGUCAGCCAAUAUGGCUUUUUGUACACUUUGGUGCCACAGAAACAACGCUUGAAGGGUGGAAAGACGGCAAAUGAGAAAACACAGACAGCUGUUCCCACUGCAACACUUGCCACUCAAACAGGCAUCCUUAUGCCAAGCAGGGGAACUCAGACAGCUAUAACCUUCCCACCCACUGGUGCACUCUCCUUUACAUCCUCACAAGUUGCAGCAGAGUGUCUAGAAACCAGUGGAGACAAAGGCGCAGCUGUUUCUUUAGCAGAGGCUUUGCUGCCACAUGAUGACGCAGCACAGCUUUGUGUUGUCCCACUGGAGCAUGCUAGCCUUUCGACGUCACCGCCUGGUGGCCGUACCUCUACUCCAGUGCCUGUGGACUUAGACACGACGGAUGUGUCCACAUGCCCACCCGACCCAAAGGAUGUGAGAUUCCAGUUGUCUGAAACCGCAGAAAGCUCAGACACUGAAGAUGAAGCAGACAAGAUGUUGCAACCACGAGGGCUUUCAAAAUCUCGUGGGCAUCAAACACCAAAUCCAGAUUAG